AUGACUUAUUCAACGACUCAGCUUCAGGCGGCUGCCAGGCCAAACGGACGGAGCUGGACCUCACUGAAAGAGGGGAUGACAGAGAGAGGGGGUCACUUCCCCCGGCUGGAAAACAUCGGAGCCCACAAGCCCGUCACCCUUUCUCCUGCCCGCUCCAGCUGCGGCACUCCCGAGCGCACCACUUACUGCCACAGCCCCACCUCCCUGGAGGAGCUCCACAACUGCAGCCAGGCGUUCUGCAACCAGGAGUGCCCCUACCGUUCUUCCACCCCACCCCAUGCACCCCUACUGCUUCCCGCACACUGGGGCACCUGUGUCACCCAGGACGGGCUGGAUACUCGCUCCCGGGCAGGAACAGGGGGAGAGGGGGUUAGAGAAGGGGAUGGAUCCAGCAGGAGUGUGAUAUUCCGUUGGACCAAGGGAGGAUGCGUGGCCUCUCCUCCCUUUCAGAGUCAGGGACAUCUGGGCUCCUUCACCCUGGCUGUGUGGAUCAAACCUGAGGCUCCUGGAGACAUGUGCGUAUCACAAAAGAGUUCAGAGGAGAGGUUGGUGUUCCUGUUGACCGUGUCUGAGUCUGCGGUCAAACUACAGUAUGGUCAGCCCAGCGGUCAGGUUGGCACUCUGACCUUCAGCACCCAGGGCAGACUCACAGUGGACAGGUGGACCCACCUAGCUCUACAGGUGCAUGGCAAAAGCGUCAGUCUCUUCCUGGAUGGACUGGAGGAGGACGGCACGCCCUUUGACACUCGACCUCUGACCUCACCCAUCUCUGACAUCAGAAUGGACAGUACCAUGAGAGUCGGACUGAGCUCUAACGGGUCAGAUCAAUUCAUUGGCAGGAUGCAGGACUUCAGAUUUUAUCCCAACACACUGACUAACAGAGAGAUCGUGAAAGUGUAUUCAGGCUUCCUGCCCCCCCUCCACGCUCAGUCAGAGUGCCGUUGCCCCCCCAGUCACCCCAGAGUACACCCCCUAGUGGAGAGGUACUGUAUUCCCAACGCAGUGGAGGACACCACUAAUAACCGUGUGUUGAGGCUCAACAUGGACGCUCACCCUGUCAGCUAUAUCAAUGACCAGGACAUGGGUACAGCCUGGGUGUCCAACAUACUAACUGGACCUGAGGACAUGGACCAAGGGCUGACCAUCACCAUAGACCUAGUCAACGGGCAGUACCAGGUGUUCUAUGUGAUCCUGCAGUUGGUCAGUCCCCAGCCAGAGGCCUUGCACAUCCAGAGGAGAUGCAGUAACAGCAGCAGCAGCAGUAACAGUAGCAGUGUAGAAACAGAAUGGCUAGACUGGCAGUACAUGGCCAGAGACUGCAGCCUGUUUGGUCUGCAGAACAAUGGACCCCUGCUCAGACCAGAUUCUGUCAAUUGUCUACAGUUCCCCAGUGAUGUCCCAUACUCCCAAGGUAACAUCACCUUCAGUAUGUUGACUCCAGAGCCCAACCUGCGUCCAGGCUACAACAACUUCUAUAACACCCCUGCCCUGCAGCAGAUGGUUCAGGCCACCCGGGUCAGGAUCCACCUGAGUGGACAGUACCACACGCAAAAUACAGGGGCGCCCCAACGCCACCGCUACUACGGUGUCAAUGAGAUCACCAUCAGUGGAAGGUGUGAGUGUCAUGGCCAUGCUGAUCAGUGUGACACCAGUGUGACUCCCUACCGCUGUGCUUGUCUGCCAGAGAGCCAUACAGAGGGACACAACUGCCAGCGCUGUGCCCCGCUCUACAAUGACAAACCCUUCAGGUCAGGUGACCAGGUCCAAGCCUACAGCUGUCGACCAUGUGACUGCCAUGGCCACGCCCUUUCCUGUCACUAUGACAUCACAGCUGACGCCCACCCCACUGAACACUACAGAGGAGGGGGAGGGGUGUGUGACGACUGUAUGCACAAUACUACAGGUCGUAGCUGUGAGUCCUGUGUUAGUCAGUUCUACAGGGAGGGGGUUGCUGACCCCAGGUCAGAGGUUGUGUGUCGACCAUGUGACUGUCACACACCUGGCUCCAUCAACGGUAGUCUGGAUUGUCACCCGGUGGGGGGCCAGUGUAAGUGUAAGAGGCGUGUGUCUGGCAGGCGGUGUGAUGUGUGUCAGGUUGGAUUCUACUCUCUGCAGCCGUUGGGCCCCGAGGGCUGUCUGCCGUGCGGCUGCAGCGCUGCAGGCACCCGGGGAGACGACAGCACCUGUCACCAGCAGUCAGGACAGUGCCAGUGCAAGACACACGUAAUCGGUCUUACCUGUGACAGGUGUGACUAUGGCUACAAGCUGUUAAAUUCCUCUCACCUUGAUGGCUGUGUGGGGUGUGACUGUAACCCGGUGGGGUCCCUCAGCCCCUUCUGUGAGCCAGAGGGGGGGCAGUGUGAGUGCAGGGAGGGGGUGGGGGGCCAGCGCUGUGACUCCUGUGCCAGGGGCCUCUAUGGCCUCCAUCAGGCGGGCUCCUGCAUCCCGUGUCUCUGCUCGCCUGACGGGACCGUACCUGGGACUGUGUGUGACCCAGAGACUGGACAGUGUGUGUGUAAGGAAAACACUGAGGGACCUCGCUGCGACUCGUGUCGCCGUGGUUACCACAGCCUGGAGAGGAGGAACUCCUUGGGGUGUCUGGCGUGUGCGUGUGACGUCCGUGGCACCCUGGAGGGGGGGGUGUGUGACCCCGUCAACGCCCAGUGUCCCUGUAGGGAGGGGGUGGAGGGUGCCCAGUGUACACGCUGCUCCCUACACUACUACAACACGACCUCUGACCUCUAUGAUGACCUCACACCUGACCCCUACUACAACAUGACCUUUGACCCCCAGUGGUCAUCCCAGGGGUGUGUUCCGUGUGUGUGUGACCCCACAGGAACAGUGGAGGGGACGAUGUGUGACGCGGACACCGGGCAGUGUGUGUGUGUGUCUACGCGCCACGGAAGGGACUGCGGUAGAUGUAGGCCAGGUUACUUCCUCUCUGUGUCAGAGUUGGGGUCUGAGGUGAGCGUGUGUGUGGAGUGUGACUGUCACCCGGUGGGCUCGUCGGGACAGGUGUGUGGCGGCCAGACGGGGCAGUGUGUGUGUGUUGACCCCUCUGUGGGAGGACGCAGGUGUGACCAGUGUCAGGAGCUCCACUAUGGCUUCAACCCUGGCCUUGGCAGGUGCCAGGCAUGUGUGUGUAACUCCGUUGGAGGGGUGAAUGGGUCAUGCCACCCAGAGACAGGGAGAUGUCAGUGUAAGGCCUUGGUGACGGGGGACAGGUGUGACCGCUGUGUCCCUGGAGCCAGUCACCUGGACUCAGACAACCACCUGGGCUGCAGUAAAGCUCCUAUCCAGCAGCCCAGUCCAGUAGGGUUAGUCCUGACCUCUACCUCCAUCCGCCUGACCUGGAGGCCCCCUGACGCGCCCAACACACACACUCUCAACUACACACUGCUCAGGGACGGCCUAGAUAUACACACUACACAGAGACACUACCCAUUCAGCCCUGUAACUUAUGUGGACAGUGGUUUGUCUCCGUUCAUGGACUAUUCUUACCAGCUAGUAACGGCUAACGUUAAUGGUCAGACGAUGAGUGUUCCAGUCAGUUACCAGACCCUGGCCGCCGUACCGGACCCUGGCCAUAUCCUUCUGACUCUGGUGGGCAGACCAGGACAAACCACAGCCAACCUCAACUGGACCCGACCACAGAACACAUCAGGUCCACAAGAGAGGUUUGUGCUGACCUCAGUGGAGGCUGGUACUGGUAGGGAGCGGGUCCACUAUACAGGUCUAGAGACCCAGGCUGCAGCCGCUGGCCUCUCCCCCUACACCCAUUACAACCUCACCCUGCAGGCCUGUACUACUGGAGGGUGCACCUCCACCCCUCCCCUGCCCCUCCUCACUUCACCCAGCCCCCCACAGGGACAGCCCCCACCCAGGGUCAACGCCACCGGACCGCACCAAAUACACGCAGCCUGGGACCCCCCCGUUCGUCCCAAUGGUGUUAUUAUAAGGUACGAGCUCUUCAUACGAGGGCCAAUGGAAUCGCAGAACACCACAAGCCCCGCCCCAGAGCGUAGGGUGUUUGUGAGCAGUGGUUGGCUGGAUCCCCGCCUCCCGUCUGACUCAGCCAAAGAGAGUGCUCUGCCUCCUCCCCAGAGCAGCGCCAUGGUAACAGACCUGCAGGCCUUCUCCACCUAUCAGUUGCGAGUUCUGACCGUCAACAUGGCCGGCAGUGUGAUAUCAGACUGGACUACAGCUCGGACACAGGAGGGGGCUCCGGAGUUCGUAGCUCCUCCUGAGGUGUCGGCGGUGUCAUCCUCGUCGCUAAAGGUCGCGUGGAGGUCAGCGCGGGGUCAAGAGGCUAGAGGACAGGUCACUGAAUACAGGGUGAACCUGGUCACAGAGCAGAGGUCCAACCCAUACGCACCACCUGUUUUCACACAGGUGCUGUAUGUAGCCAGUCCAUCAGAGCGUGUGUAUGUAGCAGAAGGACUAGAGGCCUACAGGAGAUAUGACUUCACUGUGACUCUGUGUACCUCACUGGGCUGUGUGACCAGCCUGCCUGCCUCCGGACGAACACUACCUACAGAGCAGACUCUCACCACCAGAACAGACUCUCACCUCCAGAGCAGACUCUCACCACCAGAACAGACUCUCACCACCAGAACAGACUCUCACCACCAGAACACACUCUCACCACCAGAGCAGACUCUCACCACCAGAACAGACUCUCACCUCCAGAGCAGACUCUCACCACCAGAGCAGACUCUCACCACCAGAGCACACUCUCACCACCAGAACACACUCUCACCACCAGAACACACUCUCACCACCAGAACAGACUCUCACCACCAGAGUAGACUCUCACCACCAGAGCAGACUCUCACCACCAGAGCAGACUCUCACCACCAGAGCAGACUCUCACCUCCAGAGCAGACUCUCACCACCAGAGCAGACUCUCACCACCAGAGCAGACUCUAUCCACCAGAGCAGACUCUCACCACCAGAACAGACUCUCACCUCCAGAACAGACUCUCACCACCAGAGCAGACUCUCACCACCAGAACAGACUCUCACCACCAGAACAGACUCUCACCUACAGAACAGACUCUCACUACCAGAGCAGACCCUCACCACCAGAGCAGACUCUCACCUGAAGAACAGACUCUCACCACCAGAACAGACUCUCACCUGCAGAACAGACUCUCACCUGCAGAACAGACUCUCACCUCCAGAGCAGACUCUCACCUGAAGAACAGACUCUCACCACCAGAGCAGACUCUCACCACCAGAACAGACUCUCACCUGCAGAACAGACUCUCACCACCAGAGCAGACUCUCACCACCAGAGCAGACUCUCACCUGAAGAACAGACUCUCACCUGCAGAACAGACUCUCACCUGCAGAACAGACUCUCACCUGCAGAACAGACUCUCACCUGCAGAACACUCUCACCUCCAGAACAGACUCUCACCUCCAGAACAGACUCUCACCUCCAGAGCAGACUCUCACCACCAGAACAGACUCUCACCUGCAGAACAGACUCUCACCUGCAGAAUAGACUCUCACCACCAGAGCAGACUCUCACCUGCAGAACAGACUCUCACCUCCAGAGCAGACUCUCACCACCAGAACAGACUCUCACCACAUGGUAUUGAUCAGGUUGGAUUGUGA